AUGCCUCAAUGGAAACUGAAGGACGGCAAUCUCUCCAGCGGCGUCGCUACGUUGUCACCGACCCGCUCGGCGGGACGCAGCGCUGUAGCACGCGUCAGGCCCCAUGAGUACGAGAGCUCUAAGCGCACACCGUAUACAUCAAUGGUUGGUACAACAGAUACUGGCGGCGACCUUGUAAAGCAACGAACGAAUAGUUUCUCCCUAGCUGAGAUUGGGGCGAAAGGUGAAUCAGCGUCGUUCCAAGGUGCCUCGGAAAGGACGCCAACUGGUGCGCAGUUACGCGACGUAGGCAUUCCCUCUCCGUCGUUAGACCCGAAUUCUGAGGGCCAUCGUCAUCCCAGGAGGACCUCAUCGAUACCCGCACCGAGAACCGUUUCGGGUUUACUCGCCCGGAUGCGUAAAAAAUAUCGUGGAUUGUGGAAGGCAAUCGACAACACGUUUCGAAGAUGGGGUAAAAGCACCCGCCACAGGGUUGCAGACUUUGUCCGAAGGCAUGUGAUGCCCCGUGUGAGAAGGAUGGGACUCAGUGGGAAGGGCUUUCCGCCUGAGGUGCCGCCUCUGACGGGUGUGGAACCUGGUCAAGCCGUUGUCGCACAAGUGGCGACUCAGAUGCAGGCUGGCAUCCGCCCAAACUAUUUUAAAUUUGAACAACUUACACUUCGCGAACAACUUGUCGGAAGGUAUCUCAUUAGUGCCAUGCAAAAUACUUGGUUUAUCUCUGUUCCAGAGGGCCGGUCUAUCCUACUGGUCAAAAGAGGAUUGAUCGGCAUGGGCGGUUUCGGUCUCGUCUAUCAUGUCGAGCAUCCUGUGACUAAGCAGGCGUUCGCUCUGAAGGUCUUUGUUCGCGACAAACGCAAGGGGGCAUUGCUGGAGGAUAUGGACUCCGAGAUUGAGGAGGAGUUUGAUAUAGUGAAGCAUAUCGCCCCAACGUGGACACCGUUGCGCAUCUAUACGGAUCUACAUUUCAUGGUACCGCUCCUGAAGCUCAAAGUAGACGGAAAGCCCGAUUUUCAAGAUGUGAGAGAUCAUUUCCGAAUUUCCAACACUUGUCUUCUAUUUCCGAAAGCCCAAGGAGACAUGCUCGAACUGGCAGACCUACUCAGACACAGCGACGAGAAAGUGUCGUUCACGGUGCGCAUGAGCUCUACAAUUCAGAUGGUCAAGCUGCUCGCGAGAUUCCAUAGCAGGGGGCUUGUCCACGGUGACGUGAAGCUCAACAACUUUUUGGUUGAAGCGUCAGGAUUGCUUCUUCUGUCCGACUUCACCACAAUUUUCAAAGGUGGCAACGAAUAUGUACCACCGCUUGCUACGGACUCCUAUAUGCCUCCGGAAAUUGCGCAUAGCUGGGUCACCCGUUUAAAGAGAGUCGUAAAGUAUACCUCACGUACAGACGCUUGGAUGCUGGGAGUAGCAAUAUAUUACCUGUGGUGCGGUACGCACCCCUUCGGGAUCAUGCCACAAUCCAAGUUAAUACAGGUUGUUGGGCUGCUGCUCCGGGUCCCUGCAUCCGCUCUGGAUUUCAGCAACUGCCAUGGAAUACCGAGACAGUUCCGCAGUAUGGUAAGGCGCUUCCUAGACAAAUCACCGGUCUUGCGCUUAGAUCCUCAGGGCGCUUUGCAAAAAUACUCGCUGCUUCACUGGACGGGGCAAGACACCCCCGAACGCGAUACGAUGGCAGGGCCGAAUUCACUGGAAGAAGAGAUGGGAAGGGCGAGAAGCUCUGACGUCCCUGAGACGAGUGAGGAAGCCCAUGGUGAUGAAGUGAAUGCCUGA